UGUGUGUGUGUACGCGUGCGUGUGCGUGUGUGUGUUGUGUGUGAAACAACAAUAAUACAAGCAUGACUGAAACGAACAGUCAAGCUGCCAGGCCCUCGCGUCUGGGCAAUUGCGAGGUAUGCGCCAGCCAAGCGGCCCGCUACGCCUGCCCCAAGUGCGAGGUGAAGACCUGCUGUGUGGCCUGCGUGCAGAUCCACAAGCGCGAACUGAACUGCGAUGGCAAACGGGAUCGCACCAAGUUCAUGCCCAUCAGCGCCAUGACCGAGCGCGAGUUCAUGAGCGACUAUUGCUUUCUGGAGGAGUGCACACGCUAUACGGAGGAUCGCAAACGGGAUCAGAUCAAGCGCUAUACGCAACAGCAGCGACAGCUGCCGCUGCCGCAGCAUCGGCUGCGCAUGGCGGCCCAGGAGCGGGGCACACGCCUGCAGCUGCUGCUGCCCAACUUCAGUCGGCACAAGGAGAACACAACGUAUUUGAAUUGGAAGCAGCGACGCAUCUAUUGGCACAUCGAGUGGCUGUUUGUGCACGCCACAGCCAGCUCGGUGACACGUCUUGUGGACAAGCACUGCGACGAGGAGCGUACACUGGCCGAUCUGUUGAGCAAGUACCUCGAUCUGUUGCAGGCGGAGGCGGUCGAGCAGCGCAAACUGUUGCAGCAUCAUCAGACAGCCGGCAUUGGGCAGCUCAGCCUAUGGCUGCGGGCUGAGGGUGUGCAGCGCAGCGGCCAGCGCUGCUAUCGACUGGCCGCACAUCAGACACUGCGCGCCAAUCUUGCGGGCAAGACAAUUGUUGAGUUUCCUGCCAUUUACAUAAGCUACGAGGCGCGUCCGCCCGCCGGCUAUGACCUCAUCGACAGCGAUGAGGAAGUGGAGGCUGCCAAGUCCAACAACAAGCGCAGCCCGCAGCCGCAGGAUCCGGAAGCUAAACCCGCAGCCAAGCGCAGCAAGGCUGCAGCAAAGUCAACGCAGCAGUCCGAGCUGCACGGUAUUUAUGGGCUGGCUGGCAGUUUCGGCGCGGACGACAACUCCUGCUCCAGUUCCAGCAGCGACCAGGAGGCGCAACCUAAUUGAACUCUCCAGCAAAUGCUGCGAAUUACAUUUAAGCAAAUAAUUCAAAAUAAUAUUAUAAAGCAACACUUUGCCAUGCUUCAACCCCAAGUUAAGUUUUAAGAGAACUGACAAGAGUUCAUUCAAAAUAAUAUAACUUUGCAACCAAACAGAAUAUAAAGGUUAAUAGAAAAUUGAAUUGUCGAUUUUAAAAUUGAGUAAAAAGCGACAAAGCAUUGCUCGAGGCAAAGCCCAAAGAUGAGGCAUUCCCUGAGCCCAUCCUAAAUGGGUAAAAACUUGUAUAAAGAGUCAAGCAAAAGCAUUUUCGAAUCCAUAAAAUAUAUAUAUUUCUGUACAGUCCGUCUGUCCGUCCGUCGAAUCUCAGAGAUCUUUAGAGCAGGCGAGUUAUUACCAUGAAAUCGAUAAAAAGCUAGCACGAAAUCGAGUUCACAUUUUGUAUACUUUGUCUUUUGCAUUCAGGGUAUCUGCCAGUCGGGCAUUCCAAGCUAAACGAAUCAAUUUGAUAUUUAAAUUCGACUGACAAUAGAUAUAACUUUAUAGAUAUACACUUAAGAUAGAUCUUAUGCAUCUUAGAGUUAGAUGCUAUGUUUAUAUGGAAACUAUCUUAGGCUAACUCAACUGUCUCUCGCGUUUUGCAAAUACAACAAUUAAAUUUGUUUACCAUUGAUUUAUUUAUUUCGGUUUUUUUUUUUUUGGGCUAAUUAAAUGAUAAGAAUUAUACCACGCUCUCGUUAACGUUUCAUUGCAGUUGGGGGUGGUCACGGAGGAGCAGGAGGGGGGACGUCAAUUACAGAGCACAUUAUCAACGCCGCAUAUAUAUGUAUCUGUAUAGGCAUAAUCAUAUAUCAUCUCUGUGUAUGCUUUAUUUGUGUACAAUUCGGUUUUUGUUUUUGUUGGGCUAGAAUUUGUUGAAUGCCUGCCAUAGAUUUAACGCAAUUAGCUCAACUCUAGUUAACAAUUCAGUUUCGAUAUACCAAUUAGUUGCUUUUGUACAUAAUACAUAAGUGCGCUAGUACACAAUACACAUACAUAUAUAUAUAUAUAUAUAUAUGUAUAUGUAUAUAUAUCUCAAUUAUAU